CGGCUCCUAUAAAUGACGCUUCGCGCAAGCCCUUCAAGGUGUCUUCGACCCGAUUCGGUCCUAGGAAGUCGAGUUCUGAUGGCGAACCCCGGCGAGGCGACCUCCUCCUCCGACGACCCCAAGGGGACGAAGAGGGACUACAGCACCGCGAUUCUUGAGAGGAAGAAGGCCCCGAAUCGUCUGGUCGUUGAUGAGGCGAUCAACGAUGACAAUUCGGUGGUGGUGCUGCACCCCGAGACGAUGGAGAAGCUGCAGCUUUUCCGCGGGGAUACGGUCCUCCUUAAGGGCAAGAAGCGGAGGGACACGAUUUGCAUUGCACUUGCUGAUGAUACAUGUGAUGAACCCAAGAUAAGGAUGAAUAAGGUUGUCAGGUCUAAUCUCAGAGUGAGGCUUGGCGAUGUGGUAUCUGUACACCAGUGCCCGGAUGUGAAAUAUGGAAAGAGGGUCCAUAUACUUCCUAUAGAUGAUACCAUUGAAGGCAUUACAGGGAACUUGUUUGAUGCUUAUUUAAAGCCAUAUUUCAUGGAGGCAUACCGACCUGUUAGGAAAGGGGAUCUCUUCCUUGUUAGAGGUGGUAUGCGUAGUGUUGAGUUCAAGGUGAUUGAAACUGACCCACCAGAGUAUUGCAUUGUUUCCCCUGAGACUGAGAUCUUUUGUGAUGGGGAGCCUAUUAAAAGAGAGGAUGAAGAGAGACUUGAUGAAGUAGGCUAUGAUGACGUAGGUGGUGUAAGAAAGCAGAUGGCACAAAUCCGAGAAUUAGUUGAGCUUCCUCUCCGGCACCCUCAGCUUUUCAAGUCCAUUGGUGUGAAGCCACCAAAAGGCAUAUUACUGUAUGGACCCCCUGGUUCUGGAAAGACAUUGAUUGCAAGAGCUGUGGCCAAUGAAACAGGGGCAUUUUUCUUUUGUAUUAAUGGACCUGAGAUAAUGUCAAAAUUAGCUGGGGAAAGUGAAAGUAACCUUAGGAAAGCUUUUGAAGAAGCUGAGAAAAAUGCACCAUCAAUUAUCUUCAUUGAUGAGAUAGACUCCAUUGCUCCAAAGCGGGAAAAGACCCAUGGAGAAGUUGAGAGGCGCAUAGUUUCUCAACUUUUGACACUGAUGGAUGGACUGAAGGCACGUUCACAUGUAAUCGUUAUCGGUGCAACAAAUCGGCCAAACAGUAUUGAUGCAGCUCUCAGAAGAUUUGGGAGAUUUGAUAGGGAGAUUGACAUUGGGGUGCCUGAUGAAGUUGGCCGCCUGGAAGUUCUUCGUAUACAUACCAAGAACAUGAAAUUAGCUGAAGAUGUUGAUUUGGAAGGAAUUGCUAAGGACACCCAUGGGUAUGUUGGUGCUGAUCUAGCUGCUUUGUGCACUGAAGCUGCUCUUCAGUGCAUACGCGAGAAAAUGGACAUCAUUGACCUUGAGGAUGAAUCUAUAGAUGCUGAGAUACUGAAUUCUAUGGCUGUUACCAAUGACCAUUUCAAAACUGCUCUUGGAACCAGCAAUCCCUCUGCUCUUCGUGAGACUGUUGUUGAAGUGCCUAAUGUCAGCUGGGAUGACAUUGGUGGUCUCGAGAAUGUUAAGAGGGAAUUACAAGAGACUGUCCAAUACCCUGUUGAACAUCCAGAGAAGUUCGAAAAAUUUGGCAUGUCGCCUUCAAAGGGAGUCCUAUUCUAUGGGCCUCCUGGUUGUGGGAAGACUUUGUUGGCUAAGGCAAUUGCAAAUGAGUGCCAAGCAAACUUUAUCAGUGUCAAGGGUCCAGAACUUCUCACCAUGUGGUUUGGUGAGAGUGAAGCAAAUGUUCGAGAAAUCUUUGACAAGGCUCGUCAGUCUGCACCUUGUGUCCUCUUUUUUGAUGAGCUGGAUUCCAUCGCAACUCAGAGAGGGAGUCAUGUUGGAGAUGCAGGGGGCGCUGCUGACAGGGUUCUUAAUCAGCUUUUGACCGAGAUGGAUGGCAUGACUGCCAAGAAAACUGUAUUUAUCAUUGGAGCAACUAAUAGGCCCGAUAUCAUAGAUCCAGCACUGCUCAGGCCUGGCCGUCUCGAUCAGUUAAUUUAUAUUCCUCUGCCUGAUGAAGAUUCUCGUUUCCAGAUUUUUAAAGCUUGCCUGAGGAAGUCCCCUAUUGCAAAAGACGUCGACCUGAGGGCUCUUGCUAAGUUCACUCAGGGCUUCAGUGGUGCAGAUAUCACAGAAAUCUGCCAGCGUGCUUGUAAAUAUGCAAUCAGAGAGAAUAUCGAAAAGGAUAUAGAAAGGGAGAGGAGGAGGAGUGAGAAUCCUGAAGCUAUGGAGGAGGAUGACGCUGAUGAAGUUGCAGAAAUAAAAGCUGUUCAUUUCGAGGAGUCGAUGAAGUUUGCCAGGAGGAGUGUCAGUGAUGCAGACAUCAGGAAAUACCAGGCGUUUGCACAAACCUUGCAACAAUCCAGGGGUUUUGGGACCGAGUUCCGGUUCGCUGAACGAGCUGCAACGACAGGAUCUGAUCCAUUCGGCACACCUGCUGCUGGAGCUGAUGACGAUGAUGAUCUAUACAGCUAGUGCAUGGAAUGUGCAUUCAAAUGCUGCGAUGCUUCCUUCUUCUGUGGCAAUUUAGUCUACUGCUGCAGUUGGUCGUUUAGUAGUUUUGCAUGAAGCUGUACGAGAUAUAAGAUGGUCGAUGGACACGUUAUACUUAUCUAUGUUAAUAUAGUUAGCUAGAAGAAUUAUAUAGUAUCUUUCUGCUAAUGGUUUUCCUUU